UUUUCACACCGGGUUGUUGAAAUUGUCCCUUAUAAGAUAAAUAAUAAAAAAAUUUAAACGAUAUAUUAAAUAUCGAGCUGUUAGAAUAUUUUGUAAGAUUAAGAGAUACAGUGAUUUAGGAUUAAUGUAGACUCUAACACAUGUACUAAAUGUGCGCUAAAUAUUCAUGUCGCUUAUUUUUGACUUGACUCAUCGCGACCAUUAAAUAUUUAAAAUGGUGUCAACGCGAGGUCCAAAAUUCAAGUUUUGCGAUGGAGAAAAAGUAUUGUGCUACGAACCAGAUCCCACAAAGGCAAAAGUUUUGUACGAUUCUAAGGUACUUGAUGUUAUUGUAAAUAAAGACCAAAGAGGUAGGAAAGCUGUGGAAUACCUUAUACAUUUUCAAGGUUGGAAUUCAUCUUGGGACCGCUGUGUGACAGAAGAAUAUGUACUCAAAGACACAGAAGAGAAUCGCCAACUUCAGCGAGAUUUAGCACAAAAAGCGCAGCUACAACUGGGUGCAUACUUGUAUCGCCGUGAACGUAAGAAGCGAAGUCAUAAAAUGUCGGAACGCUUAAUUGAAGCUGAACACCAGGAACCCCGCCGUAGAGCAAGAAGCGGUGGUAGCCGAGCUACGUCGGCUACCACUGGGUCUUCAGAAGAUGGCAGUUCAGGACAACACGCUGAUUAUGACACAGAGGAGGUAAAUACAGAAGAGGAUACCGAGAGUAGUUCUGAUUACAUAGGUGAGACCAGUGAUGAUGAAGACAGUGGCGGUGGUAGUCAAUCUGGGGCCAGUAUGAAAUCAAUUGAUCUUGACAUAGGUCCCACGUUGAAACGACUUUUAGAGCAGGAUCAUGAUCUAAUAAUUAACAAGAACAAGCUUGUCGUUCUUCCUGCACAACCUACCGUGGUAAAUAUCUUGGAAUCUUGGGUGCAACACUUUACUACGACACAAUUGACGAAUAUUCCGGAGAAACCUCAAAGAAAUAAAACAUAUAAUACAAUAGAGAAGGCAGUCAAUGAUGUAAAUAUAUGCCGAGAGGCUGCGGACGGUUUACGUAUAUAUUUCGAUUUUACGUUACCUCAUCUCCUUCUAUAUAGGCAAGAGAGAGAACAGUAUACUUCCCUAAAAGCUUCUUUAUUAUGUAAUAACGUAUCGUUAUCGGCAAUGGUUGUAAAAGACGAGUCACCCGAGAACUCUGAAAUACUUGGGAAAGAAGAAUUUGAAGAUACAGAAUAUGCUCAUCUACCGCCGUUUCAAGAGCAUGAUACAGAAAUAGACAAUACAGCCAAGUCAUUGAACAAUUCCAAGCGAAAGUUGCGAUCAUGUCGAGUAAGUUCAGUCGACGAGAGCCGGCAACUAAGAUCUUACGACGAAGGAAAACAGGAUGGUGGCAAUUUGUCGAGUAGCAUAGCAAGUACAAGUUCCCGUUGUUCUAGCCCACGAGGUGUAACACUAAGAAUGCCGCCUGUUACCUCUGGUCAGGUGAAUGCUUUACUUCAACAGUCGAAUAAAUGGAGAUUAAUGCCUGAAACUUCAAAUAGCGGGACCGUAUCAGGUCCGUCUACUUAUUACGGUGCUGUACAUUUAACUAGGUUAUUUGUGAAGUUACCUGAACUGUUACAGUCCACAGAUAUAACAAGCAAAAAAUUAAAAGUACUUUUAAAAUAUUUAGAUAUGUUUCUCAGCUAUUUAGAAAUGCAUAGAGAAUGGUUUGGGGAGCAAUUCUACAUGCAAAUGGAAGACCGAAGUUUAACGUCAAUGCAGAUAAAUAGUACAUCGCAAAUUAAUAAUUAACGAUAUUCAACAACAUUUAUAUAAUUGACCAUGAUUUCCUUUCAACAGAAUGAUAAACAACAUAAUAUAUAUUUUUUGUGAUAUACAGUAAGAGAAUUCUGUGAAUUCAAGAUCGAUAUAAGAAAUUAACCAUUUUUGAUAUA